UUUGCUAACUAUUGCAUCUCUGGAAAACAAAGCUGGUGAAUACUAGACAAGGUAAAAGCUGUGUGGGUGUACAGAUUUAUGUUUCUACCACAAUCUAUAAAUGUGAACUUGUAUACAGAAAGGAAAAUAAGACAAAUUUCUGUGACAGUGUACAUUUAUACCCAUGAACAUGGUCACUAAAAACCUUGGUAGAGUUUUAUGCUCCAAAAGCAAACCUGAGAUCCCAGCAUUAAGCACCUACAUAAAGGGCUGAAUUUUAAAAGAUAUCAAACUUUCACAAUUUCCAUAAAUCACAGGAAAGAAACUAGAUCCACGCUGACCUAGACUGUUAUAUAAGCACAGUUGCCACAGAGGACUUACACUGUCCAGCACUUCUAGAAACCUCAGACAGAAACAAAUACAAAAUUUUGCUGGUCUACGCAAAAACAAGUGUUCAUUUAACAGUGCUGUAUUACAGUAGGCAUUGCUAUUUUAUCAUGUCUGCAUUUCUAUUUUAUUUGAAUGUCACUAACAAAAUUUAAUUUCUCAGAAAGUUUAUACUGUAGUAUAUAUAAAUGCAUUCAGGCAAAGCAAGCUAUAUCUGAAAGCACAAUAUGGUGGAAUAUUAAUUCUGUGCAUCAGUCCCUCUCCCAGAUUAGGUGGCCUUAGACAAAUUAUAUUGCCUGUCCAUGCUUCCACUAUUAAAACAAGGGUAAAGAUACAAGCCUUUGAAGAUCUACUGACUGGAAGUACUGUGCAAAAAAUAGAUAUUUUACUGCAUUUGUGUGUUUUUAGAAAACAAAAACAUCAACCAGCCUCUGCUUUUAUUUGUAACUGUCCAAACCUAGAGUAAAUCAUCUGAAAUUUGCACUUGAAAUUUACAGCUUUGCAAGUCUAUCAAAGACAGAUCAUAUUUUCUUGUUUUCAUCAAGGUAAGGUACUACAGAGUACCAAGGAAUUCUAGCCUUCACUGAAUGAAAAUAAGAACAGGCAAUUGUUGUUUGGCUGCUUUAAAAAGGUAAGCAUAAAUCACAUACAGAUUUUAGACCGCCAAGGAACUGUACUGCCAAUAAAGCAACUGAAUACAAUGUGACAGAAAGAGAUUUAUGAGUAUGGAUUUUUUAACAUGUAUGAGAAAUGAGCAUAGCAAUAGGCAUGUUACCACAGAAUGACUUCAAAACUACUUUCAUUGACUGAAAGCUAUUAUUAAAGUGCAUUGUGCUGUGUUUGUACAGUAUUCUGUCCUUACAUCGUCAUUGUACUUCUGCUGUUUGCUUUAGGCAAUACUGGUUUCACAAUGGGAUCCAUCGGUGCAGCAAGCACAGAAUUUUGUAUUGAUGUAUUCAGGGAGCUGAGAGUCCAGCAUGUCAACAAGAACAUCUUCUACUCUCCCCUGAGCGUCAUUUCAGCUCUGUCCAUGGUCUACCUAGGUGCAAGAGAAAACACCAGGGCUCAAAUAUAUCAGGUUGUUCACUUUGAUAAAAUCACAGGGUUUGGAGACACUGUUAAACCUCAGUGCGGCUCAUCUCUCAGUGUCCACAAUUCACUUAAAACCGUGUUCACUCAAAUCACCCAACCAAAAGACAAUUAUUCACUCAACCUUGCCAGUAGACUUUAUGCUGAAGAGUCAUACCCAAUCCUACCGGAAUACUUACAAUGUGUGAAGGAACUAUAUAAUGGAGGCUUGGAAACUGUCAGCUUUCAAACAGCUGCAGAUCAAGCCAGAGAGCUCAUCAAUUCUUGGGUUGAAAACCAGACUAACGGAAUGAUCAAAAAUAUCCUUCAACCGAGCUCUGUGGAUCCCCAGACUGAAAUGGUCCUUGUCAAUGCCAUUUACUUCAAAGGAUUGUGGGAGAAAGCAUUUAAGGCUGAAGAAACCCAGGCAGUGCCUUUCAGAAUUACUGAGCAAAAAACCAGACCCGUGCAGAUGAUGUAUCAGUUUGGUUCAUUUAAAGUGGCAGUGGUGGCUUCUGAGAAAAUUAAGAUCCUGGAGCUUCCGUAUGCCAGUGGGCAGCUGAGCAUGCUGGUUCUGUUGCCUGAUGAAGUCUCUGGCUUGGAGCAGCUUGAGAAUGCAAUCACCUUUGAAAAACUUACGGAGUGGACCAGUUCUGAUUUAAUGGAAGAGAGGAAAAUAAAAGUGUUCCUCCCACGUGUGAAGAUUGAGGAAAAAUACAACCUCACAGCUGUCUUAGUGGCCUUGGGUAUAACUGACCUGUUCAGCUCAUCAGCCAAUCUCUCUGGCGUCUCUGCAGCAGAGAACCUGAAGAUGUCUGAAGCUGUCCAUGAGGCAUUUGUAGAAAUCUAUGAAGCAGGCAGUGAGGUGGUAGGCUCAUCAGGAGCUGGCACAGAGGUUGCAAGUGACUCUGAAGAGUUUAGGGCUGACCACCCUUUCCUCUUCUUGAUCAAGCACAACCCAACAAACAGCAUCCUCUUCUUUGGCAGAUGCUUUUCCCCUUAAAGCAAAGAAAGCUGAAAGAAUUUCUGUCCCUCACAGCAAGACCCAAAGCACUGCAGUAUCAAGGGUAAAAAGAAAUGCAUACUCUGUCUUUCAUCCAUAUUUUCUGAAACCAGAGGCUCCUCUUUAUUAAGAAAAAAGCUAAAUCAGAGAAAUUAUGCCAAGAAAACAGAGGCCCUUUGGCUUUCCUUUCUUCAAGUAAUAUUAUUUACUCAUAGAUGAAGAGUUAAGUGAAUGAAAUUUGGACCCAAAGAAAGAAUGAGCAUGAACAGAGAUGUUUGUGGUGCAAGUUAACAGUAGUAGAGCCAAAUCAUCACACUGAAACAACACAGUCACAAUUU